AUGGACAAGACUGAUCAUAACUCCAUUGACGGCUCAGCCUUAGAGCUUAACCGCACGGAGAGAACGGUGGAGACAGUACUGCGAACCACAUCAAUGGCUUUAAGUAUUGCGGGUCUCGUGAUCAUGAUGAAGAACUCCAUAUCCAACGACUUUGGCUCUCUUUCUUACUCAAAUCUUGGAGCUUUCAAGUAUUUGGUGAAUGCUAAUGGAGUUUGUGCUACCUAUUCUCUUCUUUCUGCUCUCUUUGAAUUAGCCAUUCCGUGUCCAAUAAGCAAGCUCCGAGUCUGGACAUUGUUCUUGCUUGACCAGGUGGUCACAUAUGCGGUUCUAGCGGCUGGGGUUGUAUCUGCAGAGACGGUUUACUUAGCUUACAAAGGAAACAAAUCCAUCACUUGGAGCUCUGCUUGUGAUUAUUACGGUGUCUUCUGUCACAAGGCACUAGUCUCAGUUUUAUUCACAUUCGUUGUGUCCAUUCUCUACAUGUCGCUCUCGCUUAUCUCUUCCUAUAGACUCUUCAGCAGAUUUGAAGCACCUAAGGAGUGA